AUGAGGAUCGGCACAGAAGCGAUCGGAAUUUCCCGAUAUGUCUCGACUACACACGCAAAUACUUGGUUGUUUAUAUCCACCUCUUGCGAUGCGACACAAGUGAUUGUGAUUGAAAUAUUCUGCCCCGGUGGAAGGUUUCCUGAGUCGGAACUAAGCUCAAAGGGACAUUGAAAAUUUUGCAGUUGAGUGUGGACAAAUUUAUAGCGCAAUUUAAAUGGGCCUCCAUUUCUAAGUUCUAUCGAUUUCUUCACCUUGUCGCCAAAUUUCAAGAGACCAAAAUCGAUUCCAUCUUCAUUCAGCCGACCUAUUUCAAAAUUGGGAUUCACCGCUUCCGCCUGGACACUGAUAUACGGUUUUAUUACUAUUGAAUCACACAAUUCUCUGAUAUCUGUUACAGUAAAUCGGAAAGCCUCCUUUAUCGAUACCGCUUCUGGAAUCGAAGGUGAGGUAUAUUCUACAGUGACACUUGCUUUUUCAUUAAGAAAUUUGAGUGUUCCAGAAGAAGGAUAGACUUCUAAUUCCGCGUUUUUUGCAGCCCCAAUCUUUUCAAUUUUCCAUGAAAUUGGUAUUGCUGUGGGAUUAGAAAUUUGCACGGUCUGCCUUUUGGUAUAAUUAAGGGGCAACCUUCCAAAGUCAACAGCCCUUGUUUGGAACGAGAGAUCAGGCAAAACUCCCUCCGCAGAAAAGUGGAAAAGGAUUGGUUCUGGGUUGUUCUCGAUCCUACCAAUAAGCGUACUUGUUACAGGUGAUACGGAAUUUGGAAGCGCGAAAACUGAUAUUGAUUUGGUUUCAUUUUUAAGAAUGCUUAAUUCUGAUGGAGCUACCGCAAAAUUGCCACCUUCAUUUUCCCCAAAGUCAAAAGCAACUUCAACAUCAUGAAGACCCUCAUUUUUAAAUUGUAAUUGCGCGAUGUUCUCUUUGUAUUCACCUAUCAGAAUUUUUUCACGAGAUUUUGAAGCCAGCAGAGUUCCGAAUUCAAAGCGGUUGCGCUCCAAGAUGUACGACUUCCUUAGAAAUUUAUCGGAUGGGCAUCUGGCUUCAACGCUUGAAAAUACACAAUUCGGAUCCACAAUAAGUCUUGGUGCUUGA